AUCUCAACAUCCCUUUAUGCGCAAUUAGCAUCGAGCGUGUGAGCACAAUUAAAAAUGUCACUCGUAUUAUGUACUCUCGUUUGCAAGACCGCACUGAUUCCGUGUACAGUGAAAUGUGAAUGCGUAUGUGCUACUAUGUCGGUAUGUGUAAACAUCGAAUCAGCUGCUCGCAUAAAAGCGGCUCAUUGUCUCACUUUACAGAUUGAGCAGUGCAAAACUAAUAUGUUCGUCUCGCGUCGCUGAUUAACCGAGUCAGAAGAUAAGCUGUCGCUUACGAUCGACGAUAGCCAAGCUCCAAUUUUAACCAAGUGUUCGUCGUCGCGUGCUUUCGACCGAUCGCAACUCUGUAGCUUUUAAAGUGUACCAAACUGCAGAACUUGGAAAAACUCGGGCUGGCCAGGAUGGCCAGCUCCGCAUCCGGGAGUAGCAGACGAGUGUCCGCCGAGGAGGUGUUGGUCGUUGAGGCUGGCAUCGAGCCCGGCGCCUCGUCCGAUCCGAUCCUCCUCACGACUGACAGUUUCGAGGAGGUCGAACAAGAGCUCAACAGCGUCGGUAUCGAUGAUCCGCAACCAGGUUCUUCCUCCCAACUGCAGCAGACACCCAACAGCCCGGUUAAACGAGUUUCAACUUUCGAAACUCUCGAGCAAGCCUCUUCUGUCAAUUCCGAUGAAACUGAUGAACUGGCUCAACAGUUGGCACAGGAGCACUUGGAUUGCGACCCCUUGAAAUCCAAGGAGUGGCUGGCCCAAAACAAACACAUUUUUGUACUUAGUCAGGCUGGUAAACCCAUAUACUCUAGGUUCAGUUCGGAAGACAAGCUAGUCACUGUAAUGGGUGUAAUGCAGGCUCUUGUAUCAUUCGUUCAAGCUGGCAACGAUAUGAUCAGGUCUAUUCAUGCUGGUGAUACUAAUUUUGUAUUUAUUGUAAAAGGACCUCUUAUUUUGGUAGCAGUGUCUAAAACCAAAGAGAGUGUGUCACAACUAGUUCUGCAACUAACGUACGUUUACAAUCAAAUAUUAUCUAUUUUGACUCAAUCCCAGCUGACAAGAGUGUAUGAACAAAGAAGAAAUUUUGAUUUGAGGCGACUAUUGACUGGAAGCGAACGACUCAUAGAUCAUUUAUUGAACUUUAUGGAGCGGGAGCCUGCUUUUUUACUUGGUGCAGUCAAAUGUUUACCACUUCAACCAGCAAUGCGAGAUUCUAUAACACAAACUAUUGUACAAACUUGUGGGAAAAUCAAGAACUUAGUCUUUGCAAUUCUAUUAGCUAAUAAUCAGUUAAUAACAUUAGUUAGAAUGAAAAAAUUUUUCAUUCAUCCAGCAGAUCUUCAUCUAAUCCAAAAUUUAGUAGACAGUUCAGAAUCCUUCAAGGCUGCAGAAAGCUGGACUCCAAUUUGUUUACCCAGAUUUGAUUCCAAUGGUUUCAUGCAUGCUCAUGUCUCCUAUCUAGCAGAAGAUUGCCAAGCUUGUUUAUUAUUACUGACCGUUGAUAGAGAUGUAUUUUUUACUUUAUCUGAAGCUAAACAGAAAAUUGUUGAGAAAUUAAGACGAACAAAUUGUUUAGAAGCAAUAAAUGAAUCUAUGAAUAAGACUUCCAUUACAACUGCUGAAAUUGGAUUACCAGAAAUGAGACAUGUUUUAUACAAAUGUAAGAGCACUGCUCAAUUCUGGAGCCCAGGGUUCCAAGCUCCAUAUAAUAAUGAAAAAGAAAUCCAAAGACUUAUUGGAUGUUAUCAAUGUUUACACCAUAGACUACAUGUACCUAAUAGACCUUUGAAAUUACUCUUCCAACAAACAGAUAAAGAAACAAUGCUAGCUUGGGUAACAUCAGGGUUUGAGUUGUACACUACUUUUGAACCAUUGGUCACUAAAACUGAUGCUAUAAAUAGUAUAGGGAAAUUGUUAAAAUGGAUAAAAAAGGAGGAAGAAAGGCUUUUUAUACUAAGUUCGCCGACAUUUUAAGCCUGACAAACAUGAAUUUAUAUCAUAAGAAGGAAUAUAUUUUUUUGAAAUACUUGAAAUCAUCAUAAAAAAAGAGAUAGUUCUUUAACGACGUGCAAUAUAUGAAUCAUUUCGUGUUUAAAAUAGAGGAUUGUUAAAUUUUGACAAAGCUUUCACUUUUCAUUCCCAUUAUAAAAUACUUUGUUUGACAAGAGAAGAAAUGAAAUAAAUCGUAGGAAUGAAGUGGCAAAUUAAAAUUUUUUAAUGCAUGUACAUAGUUGAGUAAUCAACUUGUUAUCUAUUAUGAUGCAUCAUCUUUGUACUCUGUAAAUAC